AUGUUGUCCAGGUCGUGGAAUGAAGGCAAUGGCACCAUCUGCCCGAAACAAAAAGACCUCAACAGUCACAAACACCCGCUACCUUCAGAUUCAGAGGACAAAGUCAUCCAACUUCAGCUACAGUCCAAGAAGGCGUGUAGGCCACUGGUCUCUGUUGAAUCAGAGCCAGACUCAGAUGUUAGCAAGCAAAGCACAUCUAAUCUAUCUGAUAUCGAAGAAUCCAAGAAUGAGCCUGCAGAGAGCAUUGCCAAGAGUUUUUUUGGAGAAGUUCCUGCAGUUGCUGGCUCUUGUCAGAAAAAACCUCAUGGGAGAAAACUGACGGCAGCAUCACCAUCAAGCUCAUUGCGAUCAUCAUCAAAGACUCCUCCCCUGCCUAUUUGGGGCUCACAACUCAAGUCUCUCAGGGUGAAAGAGAGAAAGUGUGCAGUGGAGACCCCCAUGUGGGACCCAAUAAUGACAAGCUCAUGUUUUGGGUCCCAGGGUCCCACUGCACACACCGGCAGGGACAACAGGUCCUCUUCCAGCGAGUCUGUGUUACGAACUAGGAUGGUUCUGACGUAUGGCUACUCGAUAAGAGUAAUCGGCCAAGGUCGGUUCAAGGCUUCGGCGUAUACCGAAGUUCAAUGGUUUCUAAGACAAGUCUAG